GACCUGAAAUGUAGAGAUGUUGAGAGCAGUGAUUGUAAUAAAACAACCAAUGAACAWAAGUUAGAUUUGCACUGUGAAAGUGGCUCAAAACUGACACAAGAAAAAGUUAACAUUGGAUUCAGCACUGCUGGCGCAAUUGUUCAAUCAAACGACGAAAACCUGAAUGGGUCUGUGAAACUCCCCUUGUAUGACAAUUGUAAUUUGGAGUCUGAGAAAGCAGAAGGGAAGAAAAAGCCCCAUAAAAGGUCAAAGCAUCAGUGUCGAUUCUGCAAUAAACGUCUGUCCAGCCAACACAGUUGUAUCAGACACGAGAGACGGUUACACACAGGAAUCAAGCCCCACAAAUGUCAACAAUGUGACAAAGCUUAUACAUCAUACUGGGAACUGAAAAUGCACAAUUCACGACAUCAYGAAGCCAGGAACCAUCAUUGUCACUUGUGCAACAGAUCAUUCAGAACCYUGUGCCUUUUACAAUGGCAUGAACGUCGACACAAUCCAGAUUAUUCCCAUCCUUGUCGUCACUGCGAAAUGGAGUUCAAAUCAUACAAAGAGCGCAUCCAACAYGAGCGAACACAUCAUGAUGAAACAGUCCAGUGCAGAUUCUGCGAAAUGGUUUUAUUGAAUGAUACCACUCGCUUGAGACACGAGCGAAGGUUGCAUACCAGUAGACCCUAUAAGUGUACACARUGUCMWAAGRCAUACGCAUACCCAUGGGAACUCAAAAGACACUUAAGCUCUGCUCACAAACCUGGAUCGAAGCCUCUUCCUUCUGAUGUUGWACAACAAGAUGAUGAAAAACACGAACUCAAGAGACUAAAGUGUCGAUUUUGCGAUAAGACUUAUGCUAAUAGGCGAACAAGGAAAUCUCAUGAGCAUACUCACACCGGCUCAAAACCAUACAAGUGUCAAUAUUGCGUGGAAUCUUUUAGAACGUACAAAAUGUGCAAAAGUCAUGAAUGCGUCCAUACCGGAGUGAAGCCUUACCAAUGCAAGUUCUGUGAGCGAUCUUUCACGGAUUGCGGGCAUUGGAAGAUUCAUGAGCGAUCACAUACUGGGGAGAAACCUUACUUGUGUCAGUUCUGCGGUAAAGGGUUCGUUGGGUCAAGUCAGUGUAGAAAUCAUGAGCGCAACGUACAUUCUGGAGCUCCGAAAAAGAAGGGGAGGCCGAAGAAGAAGAAAGAAACAGGGUCGUAGGCAAAGGGGAACCACAGAGUACGCGGGUACCCUGUGUUAUAGUAUAACUGAUACAUCAUCAUCAUCAUCAUCAUCAUCAUCACCAUCAUCAUCAUCAUCAUCAUCAUCAUCAUCAUCAUCAUCAUCAUCAUUGAUUAAGUACUAUAUUUAAAUAUAUGAUUAUUUUAGAUUGAAGAAUGUAGAGCUGCUACCUGCAAUACUCAUGGAACUCAUGGAGUACAUUAAUGAGUUGAGGGGAGAGAGAACAAUAAACAACAAUUCAAGUUGGAAUGAAAAAUUCCAAACAAAUUCCAUGUCAUGCAUUAGGAAUAUACGGUUACGCUUUAAAAAUUUUAUUUUCUUACCCGUUAUAUUCAAAACAUUUUAUGGAAAAAUCAAAUUAAAGUAG